CAAAGGUACCGUUUGAGCCAUAAACAGCUAAUUCAAGGCCGUCGUAUUACUAGAAAAUCAUAUUAGGCAAACGGGAAGUCAUCUGUUUUAUGGGAUUUAAGUCCGUACUGGACAACGGAGCUCUAGACUGCUCAGUGCCAUAAAUGAGUCUGGAGGACUGAUUUAUGGUUAGGGACCACUGUGUUGAUCAAGACAGGUGCCGCCAGAAAGAACGAAAAUGACGACGGAGACCCACGUGAAAGACAUCAAACCGGGACUAAAAAAUCUCAACGUCAUUUUCAUCGUUCUGGAGACAGGGCGUGUGACGAAGACGAAGGACGGGCACGAGGUGCGGACCUGCAAGGUAGCCGACAAAACGGGCAGCAUCAGCAUCUCUGUGUGGGACGAGGUGGGGGGUCUGAUUCAAACUGGCGACAUAAUCCGACUAACAAAGGGAUAUGCCUCCGUAUUUAAAGGCUGUCUCACUCUGUACACUGGAAGAGGGGGUGAUCUGCAAAAGAUUGGAGAGUUCUGUAUGGUUUAUUCUGAGGUGCCAAACUUCAGCGAACCUAAUCCGGAAUACUUGGCCCAGGCAAGCAAAACAGCACUCAGUGACCAGGGAAAUGCAGUCAACAACAACAGCAGUACCCCUGCCAGCGUGGCCGGGAAUGAAGCCACCAAUGGCAAUGGAGUAAGCGCUCCAGCUCCCAGCAACUCUACCAAUCCCCAUCCAGGAGGGCGAGGGAGCAGUGGGGGCAACAACAGAGGGACAGCCAAUCAGGGAGCAGGAGGGACAGCCGUGAGCAAUGGAAAGGAGACCCGGCGCUCUGCUAAGAGAUGAUUGAGGGUGAGGAAAGGAAGGCCCCCCUCCCUCACCAGAACACCCAACACAGAGAAAGACUGAUUUGUUCCAAUGAGGACUGUGUCUCACCUACACCCUUCCAUUGUACCGUCAUCUCCAUAUCAGCCAUGGCAUCUGAUCAUCUCAACUCUCUUCUCUUCUGUCUGGGUCAGCCCAGGUUCAGAACAUCACUGGGCUGAUUUUAAACCAAAUAGCUUUAGCAUUGAAGCUUCAAGAAUGCAUUAAUGUGUACAUCGUGGGAGACUAAAUUCAUAAAUAAAUGUACAAAAAGUUCAGUUUCACCGAUGAGGUUAUCAUGGAGACCUCAGGCAGAGCUCAGAUAUUUGGUCAUGACUUUUGUGGGACGGAAGUGAAAAUCAGGUCAUAUCAUGAUGUCAGUUUAUAAUAUACUAUAAUAUAUACAUUUUAUAUAUACUCAGAAUGUUUUAUGAAUCCUUUCAGCUGGGCUGUUUUUAUCUGUCUCCAGAUGGUGGAUGGUUCAGUCAGUUCGCUGCACAAAGUGGGCAAGGUAAUCUUUUACCACCCACUACCCAUAAAUCCUACUCCCUAAACAAGAGUUGUGUAAAGUCCCACUGUUGUAAUGAAUGGGACAGGGGUCCCUUUUGUGACGUCUCCAGUGUAAGAAUGUGACCUGCCCCCCUGUCCCCCACUUCAAAGCAAAGGUUCACUUAACCUUAAUCCCUAUACAUUUCUAUUACAUGGCCUGGAUAACUGAUGUCACAUUCUCUGGUUGCCAGGUACUGUGUCUAUAAAGUAUAUUUACUGUUUUACAGUGUAUGUGGGUCUUUUGUUGUUAAGAUUUGUUGCUUUCAUAGGAGCAAGCCAAUACUAAGUAAAUGCUUUUGGCUGACUGAAACAUUCUGACUUCUGUGUUGCUUGUCUUGUUCAUGUAAAUUCAUGUAAAUUAGUAUGAAGUUUGGUGUUGUUCACCAGUUGACAGCUUGUCAUUCAUUGUCAUUCAGUUGAUUCCCCUUGGUGGGUAUGUAUCUGAUGGAAGAGUGGAAGGAACCAUUAGAACUGGAGCCCCAGAACAGCACCUUGGCCAUACCCAGAAGUCAAGUGUGUACCGGCUUAUUGAGGUGAUGUUAUGUAAUUUUGCAUUAUAUUUUAGUAUUGGAGUCAAUAUCCUCCACAGUCAUUUAUGUGGCUAGUUGUGCCACAAUGUAUAUCUUUCUAUCUACGGCCAAGCGAAAACCAAUCUGUACAACAGACUGCAUCUAAAGAACAAGUUCAGGACAGCAUGACUUUUUGUAAACUGUAGGUCUGGUCAGAACACCUGCCCAUGUUACAAGGCAUCCAACCACUGCAAGCCUACCUGCACGUGGUUGUAGGCAAACCAAGCCGUUUUCUUGAGUAAGCAUAUUUUCAGGUGGCUGUUCAGGAUUUCUGUUUGACAGUUCCCCUCUUUGUUGGGAAGGAGGAGCUGGAGAAGUCCGCAGAUUAAAGGGUCCACUAAUGUAUUAGUGUUCACAGACCAAAAACUGAGUAUUAUGUAUCUGAAAUCCUUUGAUUUAGUUAAUAGUAUAAGAUGAGGGCCACUACAGCAGAGCGCUCAAAAUGUGCAGCAAAGUAGAAGCAACACCAGUGCCACACAUUUCUGUUUUUCGUUGUUUUUUGGAAUGUGUUACCGGCAGAGAGGAGCACAUCAAUUCCUAUAGGAAGCCGGAGUCUAAAUUACAUCUAAAUUACAUCACAGCCCUAACAUAAAAGGUGUGAGAAUGGGCUAGAAUGAAACCGAAAUGAAAACAGAGCUGGUAUAGAAAGGGUCUGGGCAGAAGCUCACCCGCAGGUUUCCUAAGCUAGCCCUGGCAGUGAUUAUCAUAGGUGGGUAGCCCAAGUGCUGUGUCUCCAGGAGUGGCUCUGCUUGUACAGGAUUUUUGAUGUUUGGAUAAUGGAUCUCAAAAGACAGAAAAAUGGCUAAAAAAAGAAAAUAAGCCAGGGCACAGUCCUUGAGGCAGUCACAACUGCUGGUUAGUGGCAUUCAGAUGACUUUAUGACUCAGUUCACCAUAGCCCAUUCUUUUCUUGUCUGUCACAAAACCCAGCAUUUUAUCAAUUUUCAGUUUCACACCACACCAACCUCACUACCUCUAUAAGCCAGGCCCAUUAA